GUGCCUGCAAAAUUGCCUCAGUAGGAACAUCAGCAUCACUGCGGAUUUAUAUUUUUCUCUUUAAAUAGGAUACCGAUAAACAGGUACGCUGGAAUUUUCGGACAGCCACUCGGACAUGUCCUAUGUCUUCAUCAAUGACUCGUCGCAGAGCAGCGUGCCGCUGCUGCAGUCGUGCAUUGACGGAGACCUGGCCUUCGCCAAGCGUCUCCUGGAGACGGGCUGCGACCCCAACAUCAGGGACAACCGUGGCCGCACCGGCCUGCACCUGGCCGCCGCCCGCGGCAAUGUGGAGAUAUGCCGCUUCCUGCACAAGUUCGGUGCCGACCUGCUGGCCACCGACUACCACGGGAACACCGCGCUGCACCUGUGUGGACACGUGGACACCAUCCAGUUCCUGGUGUCCAAUGGUUUGAAGAUUGACAUUUGCAACCACAAUGGGUCCACGCCCUUGGUGCUGGCUAAAAGGCGCGGCGUGAAUAAAGACGCCAUUCGGCUCCUGGAGGGUCUGGAGGAGCAGGAGAUGAAGGGCUUCAACAGGGGAGCCCACUCCAAACUGGAGACCAUGCACAUGGCAGAGAACGAGAGCGCGAUGGAGAGCCACUCCCUGCUCAACCCAAACCUCCAGAACAGCGAGGGGGUGUUGUCCAGCUUCCGCACCACGUGGCAGGAGUUUGUGGAGGACCUGGGCUUCUGGAGGGUGCUGGCGCUGCUGGUGGUGAUCGCCCUGCUCUCCCUGGGCAUCGCCUACUACGUCAGCGGCGUGCUGCCCUUCUCCUCUGGUCAGCUGGAGCUGGUGCACUGAGAUCUCAACCGGCCUCC